CCUCCGCCGCGGCGAUCGCCGGCACGAUUCUAAGGGAGGGGAAAGGGGAAGGGAAUCCGUAAGGCCAUGCAGCGCUUGCUCGCUGGCUCGCUGGUUGUCAGGUUGUCUGACAGUCUGGCCAUGACGACGACGCUGCUGGCUUUUUGAUCGCGAUUCCGCUUGCGGAAAGCGAGAGUCUCACUUCCCCGCUCGGCUCUUUGUUUUGAUUAUCAUAUUUUGUCGAUGAUAAUAUAAUAGACAUGUAUAUGUGUAUAUAUAUUUAUAUAUAUAUAUAUUUAUAUAUGUAUGGGAGUUUUGCAACUGUUUCCUUUGGAGAGGUUUUUUUCUUUUCGGGGAAUUUGGUCAGGAAGGUUACCUCGGGGAAAUAAUGUGAGCGUGCUGUAGGGCUUUGAGCAAUAGAGACUAUAUGCGCCAUGCGACCCGCUGAGUUCGAUUGGGAAAGCACCCUGGAAAAACUUAUGAUAGGAAGAUGAAAAUCCUACAUGAGAACCUUUGUAAACAUAAAUCCACAUGAUGGAAGAAUGACCACCGCGUCAUUGAAGGCAGAUAUGGCGUUGUUGCCAUCUGAUUACAACAACUGUGCCAGUUUCGAGGCCUGCUAAUAUUAAAGCUGGAGGCCUACGGGCUGCUCGAGGGUUCUACGUGCCCACCAUCGUCUUUGGCCCGCUUAAUGAGGGAGGAGUUUAAGGUUUGUGGCAGCACUUCGGGCGCAGUGGUUAUAUGCAAUUUUCUCAAGAAGAAGAGGAAGGAUCCAAUUAGGGUGGAGGGAGAAGUUUAAUUCAACUCGAGCAUGGGUUCCGACAGAGACAGUGACAGAGGGGUUCGCUGCUAUGCCGGAUGGGUUUAUCAUGUCGGGACGAACUCAUUAGGUUAUUCGCUUUGCAGCGAUCGGUUUCUGGUUAUCAAGGGCAAGUUUGUGACAAUGUUCAAGCGCGACCCUGUCGAGUAUCCCCGAGCUAUGCCUAUCAGAAGUGGCGUCGUUGGAACUCACUUGAUGGUGGAGGAAGUGGGUCGUCAAAUUUACCACGGAAGGGCGUUGUAUGUUCUUAGGAUCUUCAAUCGCCUGGAUCACAGCAGGCAAGGAAAGUUUGCAUGCAAUACUGCUGAGGAAGUUGACAAGUGGAUAUCUGCCUUCAAGCACGCUAAGGAAGAGGCUGAAUUUUCUAGCGAGCGAAUUGGAAGCGGGCGCCGAAUCAUGAAAGCUGACAAUGAGUUUGAUAUAAGCGGGCCUCGCACACAUUCAAGGUCGGUCACGAGAGGAAUCAGCAAGCUUAUUACAAUCGGCAGGGGCCCUGGUUCGCGACUGAGAAGACCGUCGAUGGUUUCGCCGCAGGAAGCUGAUUCAGACGGGUAUUACAAUUAUCGAGGAGAUACAUUUGAACAGGCAGAUUGGAGAUGCUUUUCUACGGUAAACGGUCUCCGAAUCUUUGAAGAUAUCGCAGCCUCUAAGGCAGAGAAAGACACAAUAAUGAAGGCGGUUGGUGUUAUUGAAGCCACUCCCGACGCUAUUUUCGAGCACAUUAUGAGUUUGGACAGUGCCCUUCGGUACCAAUGGGAUACACUGACUGGAAAUUUGGAGCUUGUUGAGCAGAUCGAUGGUCACUCAGACAUUGUAUAUGGCUCAUUUGAUCCCAAGUAUUUUAAGAGGUUUCAUGGUAAACGGGACUUUCUUUUCUCGCGAUACUGGCGACGCGACCAGGAUGGAUCUUACUCAAUUACGCAGGUCCCAACCUCCCACAAAAGCCGGCCAGUUAAACCAUGCUUCCAACGGAUUAAUCUGAGUCCGGGCAUUUGGGAGAUUACCCCUUUACCUCCAAGGCCUGGUUCUGGUACUCCCCGAUCAUUGGUCACACAAGUUGUCGAGGUGAAGUCCACUGGAUGGGGUCCAUGGAGGCGAAGUCACUUCUCGAAAUUUCACAAGACCAUUCCUUACAUUUUGCUCUGCCGCAUAGCAGGCCUGAGAGAGCUUUUUGGAGCAAGUCCCGAGGAUGUUACAGUAGAAGCUCAUGCCAAAGAGACGCUGUGCAAAAAGGUGGAGAAGAUGCCAGUAACAGCUGACCCAUUGCUGGAAGGAGUGUCCUCAAUCUUGAGCAAGUCCCCCAAGGAAUCGUCCAUGCUUGAGUCACACGAAGAAUUUUAUGAUGCAAUUAUGGUUGAAGAUCUUGAUGAAGAGGAAGAUGAAGGGGAGGGUAAUGAGUUGGUCAAUGAGAGUCUGACAGCAAGCCUUAAAUGUACAGGACCCUGGAGUGUUGUGCUUGGUAUGCCUAUGAAUAAUUUCCCAGCAACUAGAGCUGGUCAAGAGCUCGACUGGAAUGCACCGCCCUUCGAACUGGAUCAAAGUAUGUUUUGUUCAGCAUUGAGGAGAACCAUAUGUGACCAAGAUUGCAAUGGGUGGUCUGAUCCUGGGGGGAAAGGAUUCAUGAUUCGUAGCAAGACUUACGAUGAGAAUAGGCUCAAGAUAUCAGGUGGGGAUCCUCUUUUGAAACUUAUGGCUGUGGACUGGCUGAAGUCAGAUCAAAGGAUCGACCAGAUUGCUCUGCAAUCUUGCUGCUGUGUGCAGUCACCAGUAGGAAGAAAGGCGCCUUUUAUCCUUGUGAUCAAUCUGCAGGUUUGUGCCAAGCCUAAGUAUAGCUUGGUAAUGUACUUUGUUGCCGACAAGCCAAUCCAACCAGGAUCAUUGCUUGACCAGUUUGCUAAUGGAGACGAUGCGUUUCGGAAUUCUCGUUUCAAGCUUAUCCCAAGUAUUGUGGAGGGUUACUGGAUGGUGAAGCGUGCUGUUGGUACAAAAGCCUGUCUACUGGGUAAUGCUGUCACUUGUAAUUACUUGCGCAAAGAUAACUUCCUUGAGAUUGACGUGGAUAUUGGGUCGUCAUCUGUUGCACGAAGUGUGGUGGGAUUGGUUCUCGGUUAUGUUACAAGCGUCGUGGUGGACCUUGCGUUUCUAAUUGAGGCAAAAAAUGCACACGAGCUUCCAGAGUAUUUAUUAGGAACUGUGAGGAUAAAUCAAAUCAAAGUCGAUUCAGCAGUUCAGUUUAAGGGAGAUGCCAUGUGAAUUCAAUUUUUCAACUGUAACGAAAUUAGGGUCUAGAAUGAGGAUAUCUUUUAGUCCAUUUAGUUUUCUGUACCAUAGUCUUCAGAGAACCAUUUUUUCGCCAGUUCUGAUUCCAAACCAUUCUUUGGUUCAGAGCACUGGUAUAAAUGAACUACUUGAUCUGGAAGCAUUUUCCAGAUAUUCACAAGCCACAAUUUGGCUUAGUAUUGGUAUAUGACCAGCUUCCCUAUACAGGGUAUAAUAUGACAAAUCACAGUUAACAUUCCA